GCCCGCCCCGCGCCCGGUGCCGCUCCCGCACCCACGGAACGGACCCGCACCGCGGUCCCUCGGAUCCGGACCCAGUUCCGGCCCCCGGACUCACGGGCCCGCUGCCACACCCGGACCCGCACCGCGGGCCCAUGGACCCGGACCCGCGUCCCGGAGCCCCGCAGUCGGAACCGGAACCGCGCUCCGGACUCGCGGAACCAGACCCGAACCCCGGCCCGAAGCCGCGGCUCGGAGCUGCGGGCGCGGGCCCCGGAUCCGUGGAAGCGGACUCCGAGCCGAAUCGCGGUCCCGAGGACCCGGACCCGGACCCGGAUCAGCGGCCCGGCCCCGCGGAAGCGGUUCCGGCCCCGGCGCCCGCCCCGUGCCGUUGGUUCCUGGAGGGCCGCUGCCGUUUCGGGCCGCGCUGCCGCCAUCCGCACCCGGGGCAGAGUCCGAGCGCCGUCCCGGAACCGAAACCGGAACCGAACCGGGAGGAACCGGGAGCGGCGGGGAAGAAGCCGCCGCUGCGCCGCGCCGCCGCCGUCGUCAGCCGCCUCCGCUGGGACCCACGAGUGGACCCCGAGGCCGCCACCGUGGAGUACCGCGACCGCUUCGUGGGCGUCGUGGAGCGGCCGCUGCCGGAGUUCUUCACGGGGCCGCUGUGCGACGCGGGGCCCGCGGACCUGGCGGUGCCCGAACACCGCAUCGUGCGCAUCCGUUACCGUGGGUGCUGCGUGUGGGACCGGGAGAACCGCAUCGAUCGCGUGUUCGGGUCGGGGGGGGGGAUGGGGACCAUGCGGGAGGUGCUGGAGGAGCUGGGGGAGGGCUGUGGGGAGUGAGUGGAGGGGGUGGGACGAACCCGCAGAGCGCCGUCGGGGGCCCUUCUGUACCCUGAAGGUGACGGUGAGGUCCCCUCCGCACUGGGGAUGUGGGCAUGCGGACACCUGGAGCCCUUGGCUGCUGUGACGUGGGCACGAGGGUCCCUUGUGUACCUCGCAGAAGGUGACACGGAGGUCCCUGUGCCCGUGGGGACGUGGAUCCCAAGUGAGGUGGCACUGUGGAUGUGGCUACAAGGACAUGGGGGGCGCUUCUGUACCCCAAAAAUGGCACCAAAAUCCCCUUGGCACUGGGACGAGGACUACGUGGGGGUGUGGACAUUGGGUCAUCUUGGCCGUGGGGUCAUGGAGAUGGGGGAUGUGGACAUGAGGGGCCCUUCUGUACCCUAAACCUGCCACCUCCAUUUAGCACUGGGACAACACUAUGGGAAUGUGAAGGCCUCACCCCAUUCUGUAGACCCGUGGUGACAGUGAGAUCCGUGGUGACAGUGAGAUCCAGAGAAGUGACAAUGAUGUCCCUUUGGCAUCAGGGAUGUGGACAUAGGGGGCCCUUCUAAUGCACCGAAAGUGACACUGGGGACCCCUCAGCACUGAGGAUAGGGGCACCUGGACAAGGCCUCCGGGGUCCUUUUGUCAGAGGGAUGAGGAUGCAUGGGGCAUCCUUUCUGUACCCCGAAGAGAGUGACAGUGAGGUCUCCUUGCCUCCGGGGAACAACAAUAUGGGGACAUAACACCUGGACCCAUUCUGUCCCCCAGUGGUGACACAGAGGUCCCCUUGGCACUGGGGCCGUGGACACAUAGGUCCCCUGGCUGUAGGGAUGUGGGGGUCCCUUCUGUACCCCAAAGGUGAUGCCGAAGCCCCCUGAGCACUGGGACAACACUAUAGAAACAUGGACACAGGGUCCCCUCUGUCCUUGGGGGUACAUUCAGUACCCAAGAAAUGGCCCCCCAAACCCUUUGGUGCUGGGGACGAAGACAUGAAUACAUGGACACUGGGUCCUCUUGGCCAUGGGGUUAUGGACAUGGGGGUCCCUUCUGUAUCCCAACAUCCAGCACUGAAGAGGACCCCUCACCAAAGCAAUAGUGAAUAGGUGAUCCCAGCGUCGCAUGGGAUUUUGUUUCCUCAUUGUUCUGUCCCAAAUAAAGGGAGAAUCGGUUAAAAAGCGUCUGUGUGGGUGGGGGCAGUGUGGGGAGCGGGGCCUCCUUCCCAGGAGGGAAAGGUAAAGCAAUGGGAGAAGUGCUGAAUAUGGCAAAGUCGGUGUAUGGUGGGAGAAGUGGGGUGCAAUUAAGGGCAGGAAAUGUGGACGGAAUAGAAGAAAAGCAGAGAAGAGGAUCUAAUAGAGAAGAUGUGAUGGCACAAAGAUGACUUUCCUAAAUAGGAUCAGUUCCUGCAGAUUUAUUGGGGUGAGACUUCUUGUCCUCCCCAUGUGCACGGUGAGCAGAACUGCAGAAGGUGCAGUGCCCGGAACCUGGCUGCACCCAAUCCAACAGCUCAGGGGUAACUCAAAGAGAAGAGCACAUCGGAGCAAAGCUUACAGACAUCCCCUUGGCAAAUGCCAGCUCUUUGUGUAGAUGGAGAUCUCAGCAGGAGAAAUAAAGGGGAAAAAAACGCACUCCGA